CCCUCUCCGGCCCUCGGCCGGUCCGGGCAGCCAUUUUGGGCAGAGCUUUGUUAUGAUUCGGUCUGAGGAACUGAAGCUACGGAGAGAGUGAGGGGGCGAGUUGGGGCCUGGUUCUGUGAGCACGGCCUUGCGUGGAAAAAAGAGAAGAGGAGCUGGACUUAAGGAGGGAGUUGAGUGGCUGCCAGCGUCGGGGGAGAAACUGAGAAUAUUUCAUGAAUUCUACUCAUUUUGAUGGAAGACGACCAUUGUCCGAAUGUGAAUUCUUCAUUAAAAUACAGCCAUUUUUUCCUAUUUUUUAAAAGCAGCAAUUCAAAUACGGUAGAAGGAUAGCUUGCUAGUUUGGCUCUUUACUUUUAGCUUUAAUUGAACGCAUAACUAGGAACAGUAGGAAGAUAGUAAUAAUUGAAUCUUGUAUCUUCAAGUUGCUUUUAGUUCCUUACCAAGGAAACUUAAGUGACAUUAUGUGAAAAGCCUUUCAAAAUACUUUUUUAAAAAGCUAAUUUUUAGCAACUAUUAAAAAUGAAUCCUGCAUUUUAGCACUUAAUAAGAACAAAGGUUUGCUGCACCAGAAUUUGCAAGACUCCUCAGCAUCCUUUCCCCCUGUCCCUUUGUUUCAAAUUCAUUUGUUGCAGAAGAUGAACAAAGUGGAUUUGUGAAAUUCACCAUUAAUUACGGUGCUUUUCUGAAUGCUGUACAAAUUUGACAACUACUUUUGUAAUGUAAUAGCUGAAUUACACAGCAUUGUGACAACAGGGAACAGUUUAAUGAGGUGAAUGUAGUUAUAGCUUUCCAAAAAUGCACACUGCAUUUUAGGGGUUUUUUUCUCAUAUGAGUUCAGAGAGCAUUUAAGAUGAGCAGCUAGAGGGGUAAGGGGUGCAGUCAGCACGAAGUGCGGCUUCUCGUGCUUCCUUUGGGACUCACCAUUGCCACACAGUUGGCAUAGGUGCACCCUGGCGAAGAAAGGAACCUGGAAAUCAAAGUAUUAAAGCGAGAGUGGACUACAAAGGCCAAACUGGUGGGGCUGACAGUGUAUGUGGCCGUUGUUUUGUCUUAGAUCCUGGCCAUGAGGUUUGAUGCCUCACUUUAUUGAAGAGAGACACUGGACCUAAAUGGCGCAGCAUGACUUUGUUCCUGCCUGGCUUAACUUCUCUACGCCACAGUCUGCCAAGGCUCCUGGAGCUACUUUUGAAAAGCAUGGAGAACAUCUUCCUCGGGGAGAAGGCCGCUUUGGUGUAAGCCGGAGACGCCACAACUCUUCCGAUGGUUUCUUUAAUAAUGGCCCCCUCAGAACUGCUGGAGACUGCUGGCAUCAGCCUUCCCUGCACCGCCAUGAUUCUGUGGAUUCUGGUGUUUCUAAAGGAACUCAUGUUGGGCUAGCUGGCAGUCAGCCAGGUUGGCAUGGUUCUUCACGUGGCCAUGAUGGCAUGAGUCAGAGAGGAGGAGGAACUGGAUCUCAUCGCCAUUGGAAUGGCAAUUUCCACUCCCGAAAGAAUUCAGCUUUUCAGGAAAAGCCAACUGCUGAAGCUAGGGAGGAGAAAGAAGAGAAGGAGAAAUUGCAGUUUGAGGAGGAAGAUUUUCCAUCAUUGAAUCCAGAAGCUGGAAAACAGCACAGCCAGGGUAAACCAGCUGGAACUCCAUCUGGUGUUUGGGAAAAUCCUCCUAGUGCCAAGCAACCUACCAAGAUGCUGGUCAUCAAAAAGGUUUCAAAAGAGGAUCCUGCUGCUGCCUUCUCAGCUGCAUUCACAUCACCAGGACCUCAGCUUUCAAAUGGCAACAAGGCAACCCCAAUUGUCCCAAGUGUCUACAAAAAUCUGGUUCCUAAGCCUGCAGCACCCCCAUCAAAGCCAAAUCAGUGGAAAUCUAACCGAAGUGAACAUAAACCAAGCUCACUAACCUCCAGCCGUGAUUCAGCUUUUACCAGUCCUGUGUCUGUAACCAAACCAGCUGUGUUAACCAGUGGCUCUGUUCUCACCUCUUCCAAAGAGAGUCCCUCUAGUACCACCCCUCCUAUUGAAAUAAACUCCUCUCGCUUGACAAAGCUGAUGCGCCGCACCACAGAUAAGAAGAGUGAGUUCUUAAAAGCUCUGAAGGAUGACAGGAAUGGAGAAUUGCCAGAGCGCCAUGAGAACAACAAAUUGGAGGAUGUGGACGGUGGUAGUACAGCAGAACCAAAGGAAAACUGGGAGGAGAACUGCCAUCAGAAUGGGCUUUCUUUGCCUUUGGAAGAGGGAGAGAAUCUUUCUCAUUCUUUAGAAGCAGAACACAGAUUACUGAAAGCAAUGGGAUGGCAGGAAUAUCCUGAAAACGAUGAGAAUUGCCUUCCCCUCACAGAGGAUGAGCUCAAAGAGUUCCAAAUAAAGUCAGAGCAGCUAAGAAGAAAUGGCUUUCGGAAGAGUGAGUUUCUUCGAGGCCAAGGCAGCAGUCAACUAUUCUCCCACUGGAGAAGCACUUUUAAGACAGAGUUUGAAGAGUCAGAUACAGAAACAAGUAGCAGUGAAACCUCUGAUGACGAUGCCUGAAGAUGGGCACCCAAAAUCCAUAAUAUAAAACCAACCCAGCAAACUCACGUUUGUAGUUCAGCACAUAAAUGUUUGGGGUUCGAAUGAAGCAGAGUUUAUUCUAUCUCAAGUCUGUUCAGUUUUUUAUUGUUGAAAACUUCAUGCACAAGGGAAAGAAUUAUAUCCCAAAGAAGAAAGCUAUUGGCUUACUACUUUUUGAUUUUGCCCUUCUGUGCUUCAAAGAGAACAAUCCAUUCCGCCUUCUGGAGCAAGGCGUGGGUUCAGUCUCAUCAGGAGCAGGAUGCAAAAGACUUAGGUUGGGCAACCACAAGCUUCUCAUACUGCCGUCCACAUUGCAAAAUGUCGUGCGGCAAUAAUGUGCUAAAACAAUCAUUGUCAAUGACAAAAUGGCUACGGAAGUUCUAAUUGUGUUAAAUUAAUGCUAAUAACAUGGAACUUUUUUAUUUUUUGGCGGCUCGGGGAGCUUCAUCACUUAACCAGGCGUGUUUGGUUUUUCUUUUUUGGGGGGGUACAGCUGUAAAAUAUUUGGAUAUAGGAAUUGUUUGUGUUCUUGCAACCUUGAUAUUCAGGGUGGAUUGUUAAAAUAUAAAAUUUUUGUGGGAUUUCAAAGAUUAAGAUUAUUUUGAUAACAUUAUUUACAGAUUUUAAAAAGUGACUAUCACAUUGAGUCUGUAUGAGGGGAAAAACUACUGCAUCAAAAGAUAACUAACUUGGAAUAAAUAUUUUGCAUCAGUUUGCCAA